AUGGUUUGCAAAGUGCAUGAGCUGAAAUGCACCAGAAAAGAUCCUGUGAAUAUUCCACACGAGUGGUAUGAGCCAGGUGAUCUCCUGAUUGGUGGGAUGGUGUCUCUUAUCCAUUAUAUUUCCCACCCAGUCCUCUUCAAACAACACCCUUCUCAGUUCUUGACUGAAAUCCCAUUUGUUAUUACCAAGUUCUACCAACACAUCCUGGCCUUGGUCUUUGCUGUUGACAAGAUCAACGACAAUCCCAAGAUCUUGCCCAAUGUUACCCUGGGGUUCCAUAUCUAUGACAGCUACACUAACUCAAGAAUGACCUACCGAACCACCCUGGACCUGCUUUUCAAAUCACAUCAGUUUCUCCCCAAUUACAAAUGUGGCAUAAAUCAAAAUAUAAUAGGAAUUGUUGGGGGGCUUGCCUCUGUUACCUCCUCACACAUGGCAGACAUCUUAGGUCUUUUCAAGAUUCCACAGUUUUCAUACGGCUCAUUUCCACCACCAAUGAAUGAUCCAAUCAAUGGUCCCUCCUUUUAUCACAUGGUUCCCAACGAAGGCCUUCAGUACCAGGGAAUUGUGCAGUUACUUCUCCAUUUCAACUGGAAAUGGGUUGGGCUCAUUGCAAAAAAUGAUGAAGGUGGAGAACAAUUUUUGCAUAUGAUGGAUCCCAUACUCUCCAGGAAUGGAAUCUGUUCAGCAUUCACAAAAAUACUUCCGGAACAUAUGCAUAUCUGGAAUGCAGAUGAAAUUAUCAAGAUCACAAAGGAAGUUUUGCCAAUUAUCAGUGCAGGCAAUAUCAACGCUGUUGUUAUCUAUGGAGAAACCUCAUCGAUUAUAACGUUGGCUAACAUUAUAGGAAUAACCAAAGUAAUGAAAGGACUAUUUCUUCAAAAUAAAAAGGUGUUCUCUGCAACAAAAGUAUGGAUUACCACAGCACAGAUUGACUUCACAUUACAUAACUUUCAAAAGUUAAUUGAAAUAGAUAUUCAAAUUUUUGAAGGUUCUAUCUCCUUCUCAAUUCAUUCCAGGGAAUUACAAGCGUUCCAAGAAUUUGUAAGGAAUAUUUACCCUUCUUGGUCAGAGGAUGAUGGUUUUAUGAACAAUUUUUGGACACAAGCAUUUGGUUGUUCACUUUCAAACUCUGCAUCCAUCUCUAAUACAUGUAGUGGAGAUGAGAAGCUGGAGAGCCUCCCUACACCUCUGUUUGAAAUGAGCAUGACCGGCCACAGCUACAAUGUCCAUAAUGCUGUGUAUGCUGUGGCACAUGCCUUCCAUAUCUUGAUGUCAGUUAGAUCCAAAAACAGAACAGUGGAGGGAAUGGGAACAUGGUCUCCUUUGAAUGUAGAACCCUGGCAGCUGCACUCAGUUCUUCAGAGGAUCUCCUUCAACAACAGUGCAGGAGAUGAAAUUACAUUUAAUGAACAUGGAGAAUUAGUAGGUGGAUUUGAUAUUACAAACCUGGUCACUUUCCCAAAUAACUCCUAUGUCAGAAUCAAUGUGGGAAGACUGGAACCUCAGGAUUCUCCUAAUAAAAAGUUCACCUUUAAUGAAGAGAGAAUCAAAUGGCACAGAGGAUUGACUCAGAGUAAUAUUGCUCGUGUUUCUCUUGGCUGGCCAUUGCUCUCCGUCCCUCCAAAACAACAACAACAACAAAACCAGCACAAAACACAUACACCUGUAGGUGAAGAAACUUGUGUCAGUUGCCAAGAGGAUCGUUACCCAAACAGAGGGCAGAAUCAAUGCAUCCCUAAGAUUCCAAACUUCCUUGCUUUUGAUGAAACUUUAGCCAUUAUUUCAACUAUCUCUGCACUUUUGUUGUCUCUGGUCACAGUUCUGGUGUUGGUUAUCUUCAUUAAGCACCAGGAUACUGCCAUAGUCAAAGCCAACAACAGAAGCCUCACCUAUAUUCUCCUCACUUCCCUCCUCCUGUGUUUCCUCUGCUCCUUGCUGUUCCUUGGAAAGCCUACUGAGGCAACCUGCCUUCUCCGACAAACUGCUUUUGGUAUCAUCUUCUCUGUGUCCCUGUCUAGCAUCUUGGCCAAAACCAUCUCUGUAGUUUUGGCAUUCAUGGCUACUAAACCAGGAUCCAGGAUGAGGAACUGGGUCAGUAAAAGACUGGCUUAUUCCACUGUCCUCUCUUGCUCUGUUGUUCAAGUAGCAAUCUGUGCUCUGUGGCUGUCAACCUCUCCCCCAUUCCCAGAUUUGGAUAUGCACUCAUCAGCUGAAGAAAUCAUAUUGUUAUGUAACGAAGGGUCAGUGCCCAUGUUCUAUUGUGUUUUGGGCUACAUGGGCUUCCUGGCCAUUGUCAGCUUCAUUGUGGCCUUCCUAGCCCGGAAAUUACCUGACACUUUUAAUGAAGCCAAGUUCAUCACCUUCAGCAUGCUGGUAUUUUGCAGUGUUUGGCUCUCCUUUGUUCCUACUUACCUGAGUACACGAGGAAAGUACAUGGUGGCUGUGGAGAUUUUCUCCAUCUUGGCGUCCAGCGCUGGAUUAUUGGGUUGCAUCUUUCCCCCAAAAUGCUAUAUAAUUCUAGUGAGACCUGAAUUGAACAAUAGAGAGCAGCUAAUAAAAAGAAGAUUAUAA